AUCCUCAUAAACCUAACAUUGAGUGUUUACAGACACUCUCAACUGCGAAUUUGAGAGAGUUUUAGCUAUGGCGGCGCCAAAUCUCUACUCUCCUUCACCCUCACUACCCAGAACCCUGAAACACUCCCUUAACUCAAUCCCCACUGCCCGUGUUCCGAUUCGACUUCACAAAUCUUUCAAAAAUCUCUCCCUGAAAGCUGUUCUUUCACAAAACCCUUCUAAAACUCAGCCUGAAACAGCCCAAUUUCAGCAUUGUUUCUCCAAAUCCUCUGAUGGGUUUCUUUACUGCGAGGGGAUUAAGGUUCAGGAAGUCAUGGAAUCGGUUGAUAAACGCCCUUUUUACCUCUACAGCAAGCCCCAGAUAACUAGAAAUGUUGAGGCUUACAAAGAGGCUUUGGAAGGGCUGAAUUCGAUCAUUGGUUAUGCGAUUAAGGCCAAUAAUAAUUUGAAAGUUUUGGAGCAUUUGAGGAAGUUGGGUUGUGGGGCUGUGCUUGUUAGUGGAAAUGAGCUUCGGUUGGCUCUUCAUGCCGGUUUUGAUCCCACCAGAUGUAUUUUUAAUGGGAACGGUAAGCUUUUGGAGGAUUUGGUUCUAGCUGCGGAACAAGGUGUUUUUGUGAAUGUGGAUAGUGAGUUUGACUUGGAAAAUAUUGUGGCUGCUGCAAGAAUUUCUGGAAAGAAAGUUAAUGUUUUACUUCGUAUUAAUCCGGAUGUGGACCCUCAGGUACAUCCUUACGUUGCCACUGGUAACAAAAACUCGAAAUUCGGUAUUAGAAAUGAAAAGUUGCAAUGGUUUCUUGAUGCUGUCAAGGCACAUCCCGACGAGCUUAAGCUUGUCGGGGCCCAUUGCCAUCUUGGCUCAACCAUCACCAAGGUGGACAUAUUCAGAGAUGCUGCAGAACUAAUGGUCAACUACAUUGACCAGAUCAGAGAUCAAGGUUUUGAAGUCAACUACCUAAACAUUGGAGGUGGACUUGGGAUAGAUUAUUAUCAUGCUGGUGCCGUUCUUCCUACUCCGAGAGAUCUAAUUAAUACGGUUCGGGAGCUGGUCCUUUCACGAGAUCUUAAUCUAAUCAUUGAACCCGGGAGAUCACUUAUCGCCAAUACUUGCUGUUUGGUUAAUCGAGUUAUGGGGGUAAAAACUAACGGGACGAAAAACUUCAUUGUCAUCGAUGGAAGCAUGGCUGAACUUAUCCGUCCUAGUCUUUAUGAUGCAUAUCAACACAUAGAGUUGGUUGCCCCAGCAUCGCCUGGUGCCGAGAUCUCAACUUUCGAUGUGGUUGGUCCUGUCUGUGAGUCUGCAGAUUUCUUAGGGAAGCAAAGGGAACUCCCAACUCCAACCAAGGGGGCUGGCUUGGUUGUCCAUGAUGCUGGUGCGUACUGCAUGAGUAUGGCAUCGACUUACAAUCUCAAGAUGCGCCCUCCCGAGUACUGGGUUGAAGAAGAUGGAUCAGUGUCCAAAAUCAGGCAUGGUGAGUCGUUCGACGACCACCUCCGGUUCUUCGAAAAUCUUUGAUCGGAGAUCCAAGUCCUUUCCCAUUGUCGGAUAUAUCGCGUUUAUGACAUGUAUGUUUGCUUUUUCCAAUUGAUCAAACAUGCUGUUAGCCAAUGUUGACUUUUAGAAAGACAGUUCUUGAACUUGUGUAACCUUAAAAAGCAAAUAAAACAUGUUCUUGUUUCUUAUC